GGCUGUUUCUGUUUGUCCACAUGGACUGGAGGAGGGGCGCAGCCGGCACUGAUACUUUGAAUAUUUCGUUUCAACAAAAAAAGGAGUGUCUUACUUAUAGAAAUUGGAGAUAUUACCCGGAGAAUAUUUUUUAGCAACGCUGUUUAAUGAAAUUUUCAUUUCUUACCCGUUUACAGCACAAUGGACCGAGUGAUGACUUGGACGUUCGCCAAACUUUUGACAGAAACCUGAACAGUAAUUGUGUAACCACGUGGCGAGUCACUUCCAGCUGGGGUGUAUGCACAUAGAAAAGUUCCUGGAUUAGUGUGGAAUUAGCAUAAAGCCCGGCGCUGCGAAGUAGCCAGCAAGUGAACAAGAGGAGCAAGAGAGCCAAAGUGCAAGAAAGAGAGAAAGCUCAGAGGGAGAGACACACACAUCCUGCAACACCAGGACAAGUCCCAGAGAGCAGAGGACCUUCAUCCUUCUGCGAAAAAGGACAGCAUAGUUGCCAAUAUGGAGGAAAAACAGUUUUCUGGCAUUUUGAAUGGAGCAGUUCCGGGUGAACAAGUGAAGAAAGAUGAGAAUUCUCGGCGAGGAAACUGGGGGAACCAGAUCGAGUUUGUCCUGACUAGUGUGGGCUAUGCAGUGGGGCUGGGGAACGUCUGGAGGUUCCCUUACCUCUGUUACAGGAAUGGCGGAGGUGCCUUCAUGUUCCCGUACUUUAUCAUGCUGGUGUUUUGUGGCAUACCGCUGUUUUUCUUGGAGCUCUCCUUUGGCCAGUUCACCUCGCUGGGUUGUCUGGGAGUGUGGAAGGUCAGCCCCAUGUUCAAAGGUGUUGGCUAUGGAAUGAUGGUGGUCUCCACUUACAUCGGCAUCUAUUACAAUGUGGUCAUCUGUAUCGCAAUCUACUACUUCUUCACGUCCAUGACCAAUUUGCUGCCAUGGACAUACUGCAACAACCCCUGGAACACCCCAGACUGCAGUGGUGUAGUAAGCACACAUCGGGCAAAUGCAACCUUUGCCAAUGUCACCGCUAAUGUAGUGUCGGGCCUCACUGAGGUGAUCAACCGCACCAAGAGGACGAGCCCCAGUGAGGAAUACUGGAGGAACUAUGUACUGAACAUCUCAGAUGGCAUUGGGAACUUUGGUGAAGUGCGACUCCCCAUCCUGGGCUGCCUGGCUGUCUCCUGGGUGGUGGUGUUCCUCUGCCUCAUCCGUGGGGUGAAGUCCUCUGGCAAGGUGGUGUACUUCACAGCGACCUUCCCCUACGUAGUGCUGACCAUUCUCUUCAUUCGAGGCAUCACGUUAGAUGGUGCCGUCAGUGGAAUUAAAUACUACCUCACUCCUCAGUGGGAGAAAAUCCUGGAUGCAAAGGUGUGGGGUGAUGCUGCUUCUCAGAUUUUCUACUCUCUGGGCUGUGCCUGGGGUGGGCUCAUCACCAUGGCUUCCUAUAACAAAUUUCACAACAACUGUUUUAGAGACAGUAUCAUUAUCAGCGUGACGAACUGCGCAACAAGCGUGUACGCCGGCUUUGUCAUCUUCUCCAUCCUCGGCUUCAUGGCGCAGCACCUGGGGGUGGACGUGUCUGAGGUGGCUGACCACGGACCUGGCCUGGCCUUCGUCGCCUACCCAGAAGCCCUGACGCUGCUGCCCAUCUCGCCACUCUGGUCGCUGCUUUUCUUCUUCAUGCUCAUCCUGCUGGGUCUCGGCACACAGUUCUGCCUUUUGGAGACAUUAGUGACCGCCAUAGUGGACGAGAUCGGCACAGACUGGAUCAUCCGAAACAAAACCUUCAUCACACUUGGAGUGGCCAUUGUCGGGUUUCUUUUGGGAGUGCCACUGACCACACAGGCGGGAAUAUACUGGUUGCUGCUGAUGGAUAACUACGCUGCCAGCUUUUCACUAGUCAUCAUCUCCUGCAUCAUGUGCAUUUGCAUCAUGUAUGUUUAUGGCCACAGAAACUACUUUAAGGAUGUGGAGAUGAUGCUGGGCUUCCCUCCACCGGUGUUCUUCAGGGUCUGUUGGAGGUUCAUCUCUCCGCUUAUUAUCUCGUUCAUCCUAAUCUUCACUGUGAUCCAGUACAAACCCAUCACUUACAACGAUUACGUGUACCCUGACUGGUCUCUGGUCAUCGGCUUCUGCAUGGCCCUGUCUUCGGUGAUCUGUAUUCCUGUCUAUGCCCUUUACAAGAUUAGCGUGUCUGAUGGAACCACGUUUUGGGAGCGGUUGAAGAACUCGAUGAAGCCACAUCCCAGCUGGGGUCCAGCGCUGCAAGAGCACCGCAAGGGCCGCUACGCCAUGACCGGACCCGAAUCUGUGGAGGUCCGUACUCUUAAAGACGAGGAGAAAGAGAAAGAUCAGGAGAAGGAGAAGAAGGAAGAGAUCGGGCUCACCAUAAAGGGCAGCAACGGAUCUACGCUCAACCCGACACCCAGCGUAUAGACGCGAGACACCACCCCUGCUGAACCUUUACAUAUUGUAAGGGCUUUAUUACUCCUAACCUCUAGAGAGAAUCGGUUCUCAUCCCAACCCCCUUUUUUUUCCUUUUUAAUUUAAUAAUGCUGUUUUUGUAAGUACAAAAAAAAAAUGUGUUCAUAUGCAUACACAGGAAGUCUUUUAUGCAUCCCUACAGUGUGUAUAUAUAGUGCAGCGUGGGAUAUAUUGGUUUCUUUCUCCUUCCAUGUAAAAUUUUAGAUGGAAAUGUGACUACUUUUGCUGCAGCUGUAGGUUUCGGCUUGUGUGUACAGCGGUAAUAGUGCUGGUCGGGUUAAAAGCUGAAGACCAAAUGUUCUUUGACUAUAGUGAAGAUACCAUCGAUAACUGUGUCCCAGCCGCAUAAAAUCUUUAUUUUUUUACCCACUGCCCCUGCCUGUAGCUUUUCAUCAAUGGUCGUAUUUGGUCAUUUGGGGUAAAGAGAUGCACAAGACAAAGCACAAAGGAUAUUUUGCCUUCAGCUUUUAGAACAGCUACUGAAGGAAACUCCCUCGAUCUAAGCACAUAAAGUUCCCAAACCCAUUCUCAGGGUUGUGCACAAUUUGCUCUUUUUUUUCCCUAAACCUUUUUACAACAGCUUGUUGUCAUGCUAACAUUUUUAACUUAAGAGAUGACUCUUUGGCUCUGACUAGUCUUCCAUUUUGGACUUAAAAUUUACAUAGUGAGUGAGUGGAUCAUUUGAAAGAUGGCAGGAGUGAUGUUGCCAUAGACUCAGUACUGUAGUGUGUGCACACACACACACACACACACACACACAAGAAUUGUCGUGGGGUUGAGGUAUGUUGCCUCCGAAAAAAAAAAAUAGAAAGAAAGAAAAGGGUAUGACAUGCACAAACCUCCUAUAUCCUAGGGGCAUUGCUGGACUAUGUGUGUGUGUUUAUGUUUUUUUUUUUUUUAGUAUCAUCUUUUUAUAGUCUGUCCUCACCACACUGAUAGAGAACGAGAAGCGCAGUCAGGUGGAGACAGAGAGUUAAUGCUGGAGAUAAACUUCUGAUUAAGGAAAUCAGUCAUCAUUACUGACUUUACUGAAUUGUGUAGUCUGUGUAAUACUUAGAAUAGAGCUUUACUGACAUUCUUCAUUGUUUUGUAUGUUACUAAAUCAUUGUAUGUUUAUUUUUGUGAAGACGCUAGAGGUCAUGUGUAAUGGUUUUUUAAUGUUUACCAUUCCUCAUUUGUGAAUUGAAUUUUUGUGUUUUAUUUUCCGAAAGAGGUGAUGUAUGGUUCUGGGUCUUGAGCUGUUUGCUGGAAUUGUCAUUGUACGGUCAUUCCAGUCUUACAAAGCCGCCAAGGCCUGACUUUUACUGUCACACUGACCCACAUUCUCAGUGUUAACCGGAUCUUGGACACUUGUUUGUGUUAGGGAUAUUGCCAGACAUUGCAAGAGGAAGGCAGAGGUCUAGCAAUGUAGCUGCUAUAAGUGCAUUUCUUGAUGCAAUUGAUGAAACUUCUGGGUUUUAUUUCUUCUCUCUUUUUUCUUUCUUUCUAAAUCUCUUAACAGUACAUCACUGUGUCAUAUUUGGCAUUCAAGUCAUUUUUAUUCUGUUGGUAGUUUUUUCUUUUUGUUUAAUAACCUUUUGAUGAGUUAUAGGAUUAUAUUUUUCCCCCCAGGAAGUUUAGAAAAAGGUACAAACUAACACAGCAAUAGAAAAAAAAAAGCAAGUAGUUGGGGGUGGAAGGUAUCAGACGCUCAAUUGGGCACAGCACAGUGCAAAUCCUUUACGGAAAUAAUAAGCACAGGCUAAAACCUGGUCAGUGCAAUGAUUUUACAUUACUUGACUUUACAGUGAAAACAGCACAUCGCCAUUCACACAUGCUGCAAACAAUAUUCCAGAUCUUGUAAUUAAUUAAUUGAAGAAUAACUGAAACUCUUUUAGCUUUCAGGGAUUUGUUUUCUUACCUCAUUUUCUCUCAGCUUGAACAUUUCUAAAUCCUACCCUCCAGUCAGUUUUCCCUCUUUCACAGCACUAGCGUGUUCCUAUCAGACACGUGCAGCUCUGCCACCACAUCUUCAAGAAAAGUGCUAGCUCUUCAUACAUGUUAGUGUCACUCUGAUGCCAUCCCUCUCAUCCAUAGAGCAUUGGUCAAUUUUGCUCUCAUGGACUUCUAGCCACAGCAUCAUCAAGAUUCAAUAUUGCAAUAUUACAAGGAUAGGAAGUGUCAGGUAGUUUUUUUGUUUUUUUUUGUCACUGCCUCCAGGAAGAGGCAUUGAAGUGACACCGCAAAUGAACAACCACUUUUACUUUCUAUAGUUUCAGAAACUUUAAAAGAUGACUGUGACUAAAUCCAGUGAACGGAAACAGCUUGCAAAUUCUAUCAUUCUGAAAUGGCCUCAGAAACUGUGAGCAGGACAUCUGAGGCUGAGAAACACCUUCACUUGAUUGGUAGCUGUUGUGUGAUAGGAGAGAGACAUCUGGCACCUGGCAAUGAUUGAACUGUUUUAGCUAAUGAUCUUGAAAUGAAAAAAAGUAUAUUAGCGCAUGCAAGCUUUCCCAGUAAUGGCGGUAAUAUUUACUUAUAUCAUGCAGUAUGAAUGUUGCACUGUGUUGAUGCAUGAAGGACAUGUUCGUACGGUGAAUCUUAGCCCACAAACUGUGUCUGUUUUAGCAUUUAACUCGAUGUUCUGAACCUCCUCCUCUGAAAUGAAAAAUAUCAUUAGUGAGUAGAAGUUAAUUCUUGUCUGCGCUAGCAAUGACGAGACUUGGUCUGAUGCAAAUGCACGCUGGUCCUGUAGUGAAAAACUGUAAAAUAUUGUCAAAAAAACAAUAAUUGCAUAAUUGGACUGGUGUGUAUUUUUUGAAAAUGAUUUUUAUCAGAUUGGGGAACAUAUUGUAGCUCGUUUGGUUCGGUUUUUGGUUCUUUUUAUUAGCCGGUGUUUCUGUGUACUCCGUGAAAAUCUUUCACUAGUGAGUCUUUACGUAGUACAGAAUAAUAUCAGUAUUGAUGUCAUUUUAAAUCUGUAUGUAGCUAGCAACGUGGUCAUUUAACAGAAAGAGUUUACCUUUUUAAGAAAGUCGCUUUCCUUUUAUUUUUAUAGUACUAAAACUGUAUGUUAUCUUAAAGUUGUAUUUUUUUUUUGUAUCUAUAUACAGUGACACUGUUUAUUUUAUCUCAAGCUCCUUAAACCAGCUGAUAUCAAAAAUGUUGCCAAACUAACACUCUGGACUGAAACUUGAAGCACAGAGGAACGAUUCUUUCUACUUAACUAAGAAAGAAUACUCACUGCUUUUACAACGAUUGCACAGUACAACCGCAGGUUUAAAUGGUUCUUCCUCCUCCACCACACUGUAAUACAUUCUGCCUGAAACACGCUCCCUAAAGCAUGCUGUAGUGUCCUUUAGGAAACUCUGACUCUAUACACACCCAGGUCCUAGUGGAGGCGUAUUCCAAACUCUUUUGACAGAAGUGUUUGAUAGAAGAGUUCUUUUUUAACAUGAAACAGUGGAGAAAGCUUCGAGCGUGUACUCUAGGACUGGAGUAUACUGAUACAAAGGAGAGGAAUUUGAAAAGUAAACAAAGUCUAAUCAGCAACUAGCUAAUAUUAAUAACAGCUAUUGUUUGGCGAGUUUGGAGCCUACCAUAAAUCAUCAGCUGGGUCUGACAGGGGAUACAGCAACACUAAAUGUGUAGGGCCGUCUGGAAAAACCCUUCACAUGAUAUUUUGUCUUCUAUAUAUAGGUUAGACUACUGUCUAAGCUAUAUAAAAAUAAAAUGUAUAUAGUUAUAUAUUCAGACCCUUACCAUAGACCAUUAUGAAAACUGCAGACUUCUUGAAUUUUCCAGUUACCCCCUCCAAAGAAUGAAGAAAAAACCCAGCAUUUAACCAUUUCAUUCAGGGGAAUUUGCCCCUGUCUGAUUAGAAACUGAAUUGAUUAGGCUUCUGUCUGUAUUUUGCUAUUGCAAUAAUAGCCAACUUGAUCAAAACAUGAGGUACAUCGUGUGAAGAAUAACACUUUAGGCAUCUUUAAGUAGACUAUUUCACUACUGCAUUUGGUAAACCAACACCUUUCCCAACACCUUUUUUGCAGACCUAGCCCAGGAAAGAAUUAAAAGGUAAAUUAUUUUUUGAUUUUUUUCCCUAAGAUUUUUAAUAUAGGCAGAAAAUCUAAAUCAAAAUAUGGCCAAAAUAUUUGUUUUUUUUACCAUAAUUAAGCCUGACAGGUUCUCCCUGCCCCUUUACACACACAGGGAUUUAUUUUGUGCCUAAUAUUCAUCAGGCAUGUUUAAACCUGAACUAAAAUGUGUAUGCUGAUUGGCUUCAACAAACCAUGUUAAACUAGUGAGAAUUUAAACAUUAGUUAGACUGGAAACUGAGGUGUUUCUAUAAAUUUCCAAAGGUUCGACGAACGUUUAAAAGUGGAUGAUGGACUCCUACUAACCUGUAGCUUUGAACUGAUUAGUCCAUUUAAUACAUAACAUCAUGCAGUUGUUUUGCUGAAUUAACCGGAGCGUCACAAGCCCUAAAGUUGCACGGUCGCUGCAAAAUCUCCCGAUAGAGAUAUUUUAACACACCGUGACAUGUUUUACCCCUGGUUUGAAUAUCUGAGCUGCUCAUCUCUGUGUUAUUCAUUUCCACUAUAAAUAUAGUUUGUGGGUUUGCCAAGUAUUAAUACACACUACAUCUUAUUUGGACAAUGACAAAAACUAAAACUGUGAUUUUUUUUGGGUUUGUUUGUUUUUAUGCAGCUGUUUCUGCUCACCUUAUAAUGCAACAGACUGCAUUAUCUUGUAUUUUCAUGUUGUUACAGCACUUUACAAUGUCACUUUUAUGUUACUCAAUAGCACCAUAUAUUUACGACCCUACCCAAUCUAUACUACUCAAAAUUUAUGAGGAAUAAAAAAAAUAAAAUAAAAUGCAGGUCUGUGUCCUCUACUGUACUGUCGACUACGGUCACAUCCUGGUGAAAUUACUGUGAGGGCAGGGAAGCAGAGUAAAGCACAAUGAGCUCAGAACUUUCUAUCAAACAUGUCUAACCAUGUCUUUGGAAUCUUAGGGCCAAAUUGCAUCAAACAUUGUCUUAGUCAUGUCAGCUGUGUAUCUUAAAUG